CGUCAACCGAAACCAAGUACCUCGAACACGUCAGGAUUGGUUACGAAUACCACUACAAAUACAGCUAAUAAUUCCGCUGCAAUUCCGAAUAAUCUAACAACGGGUACAGUCUCAACACUAGUCCCUUGGAUGAACGACGCUACUCUAACGGUAUGUGCGGCCAAUUCAAUGCCAGCCGCAAAUCAUUCGUUGAAACGGUCGUUGGAUACGAUCCGAGAUCAUUCGUUAUCGUCGGUUGCUGACAAACGUGUUAAACUCGAACACGACUCUGCUUAUGAAGAUUACAAGAUGUUACCACUGGUGUUGAAUUCAUCUGAUCUUUAUUCGACUAAUCACAAUUCGUAG